CUCCCGGGGUCCCCGGCGGGACUCCUGCCCUCCGGAGUCUCGGCCUCUCUGGGCUUGUCCCCUCCCAGCACGUCUUCGCUCCCUCCCCGCAGGGACAUGUGAGGCUCAGGGGUGGUCCCCCUGAAGUUGGGGCUGGGGCGCCCGCUCUGGCCGGGGCCGGGUGGUCACUUCCCUGGUCCCGGGCUGCGGGGAGGGCUCCCCGCUCAGAGACCAGGCGGAAACCGGCCUCCCAGGAGCUGCUAGGCUGGGCCGACAAGUGCCCGGCGUUGGAGAGGGGCCGGAGGCCUGCAGUGGGGUCCUGGGGACCCUCCCUCCCCCGCCUUGGGUGGCGGAAUGACCUGGGCAGACUCCGCCGCUUCGCUGGGCCGCAGUCCCCCUCCGUGGACACCCGGCCCUGGACUCCACGACUCCACGCUAGGCCCUGGGCCUUCGGAGCGAGGUUUCGGCGCUGGCCGCGGAGUUCUGGAAGAAGGGGGCGGGCAGGAGGAGGUCGGAGGCGGUGACUCCCCCUUCCGCCGCCGCGAGCGCGCAGACGGCGGCGGCAUGACGGCCGGGAGCCCCGGAGGCCGCGGGGAGGCGCGGAGGAGCCCCGAGGGCCGCGUCUCGCGUCUGGGCCGCCGCCUGGGGCGCCGCCGGCGCCCGCGCUCGCCGCCGGAGCCUCUGAGGGUGCGGGCGCGGCUGCGGCUGCGCUCGCCGUCGGGGGCGUUCGCGGCGCUGGGCGCGCUCGUGGUGCUGGUGGGCAUGGGCAUCGCGGUGGCCGGCUACUGGCCGCACCGCGCGGGGGCCGCGGGGCCCAGGGCGGCCAACGCCAGCGCGCCCCCGGCGAGCGAGCUGCGACGCGAGGGCCGCGGCGCCGGCCGCACUCACGGCCCACACGAGCGGCUGCGGCUGCUGGGCCCGGUGGUCAUGGGCGUCGGCCUGUUCGUGUUCAUCUGCGCCAACACGCUGCUCUACGAGAACCGUGACUUGGAGACCCGACGGCUUCGCCAGGGGGUGCUGCGGGCUCAGGCGCUCCGCCCCCCUGAGGGGCCGGGCUGGGACUGCGCUCUCCUCCCCAGCCCCGGCCCCAGGACUCCCCGAGCCAUAGGCUGCGGGGAGCCAGAAAGUUGGGACCUGUCCCCGCAUCGGGGUACUUCACCCGUGCCGUCAGUGCGGAGUCUGCGUUCAGAGCCUGCUAAUCCUCGCUUGGGGUUACCUGCCCUGCUCAACAGCUACCCGCUGAAGGGUCCGGGGCUGCCCCCACCCUGGGGUCCACGCAACCAGGCCGGCCAUGUGAUUAUCACCGUGCAGCCCUCUGGUUCCUGCAUCGAACAUUCCAAGUCUCUGGACCUCGGCUUUGGGGAGCUGCUGCUGGGGACCCCAGCAGCACGCGACUGUGCUCAUCGAAGCUGGCCAAGGCUGGACCGCCUCAGUCUGGGAGGUUAUGCAAAGCUGGGAGGAGGCGGAGGGCACUUGGGUGCCCAGGUGUGAAAAGCAGGGGGCAGCCCCUGUGAGGCUGAAGCAUGGACCAUGACAGCCGACCAAGAGCCUAGUAGAUGCUCAUCACACCAGACUGGGGAUGGAUGCUUUGGUCCCAGCAGCCGCCAAGGCUUUAUGACUUGCAUGGCGGCACAGAGAUGCCAACUGCACAAGGGUUUUCUAAGCUGGAGAGAAUGUGUCUUGGUGUGGAGUCUGGAGAUCAGCAUGACUUGGCUCAGGAAUUCCUUCAGCCUCCAAAAGUGGCCUUAGCCCUGAACAGGUACCUGAGGGGGCAGGAGGUCCAGGCCAGGUGAUGGGGAGAUGCACCUGGUAUCUUGGCAAACCCAGAGGGGUGGGCAAGGACUUGGGGAUUGGAAGGUAGGUUGGGCUAUGACAGGCUGGGCAGGCUCUCUCAAGGUGGCACUGGCGAUGGGGCUUGGGCCUCGGGUAGAGUGAAGACCCUCCACUGCCAUCUGGACUGGGUAGAGUUGAGACCCUCCACUGCCAUCUCGGCUGGGGACUGAGCCUUUAAUUCCCGCCACGCUGACCCCUUCCUUCCCUCAGCCGUGCAGGGCACACGCCACUAGGGCUGCACUACUUACUGCCAAUGCCUUCAGACUGAGGGUCUGGCCUCUCCCCAGACCGGUCUGAGCAGCAGCCUCCUCUCCUUUGUUGUGGCCUAGGCUGCAAACUCUCCCUCCUGUGGGCAAACAACAUUUGCCAGUUCUCAGAAAUCCUUUUAUACAACUUUGAAGCUGCAUUUUAGCCACCUUGAGUCAUUUACUUUAGAAAAUGGCUUGAGUUUGGGUCUCCCUACCUAUUUUAAUUUUUCCCAAAUUGCAGGCAGAACACAACUUUAAAGGUUGAUCAAUCCUCCCAGAGUCAAUUUUUUUUUAAAUUUAUUGAAAAAUGCAAUACAAGAAGCAAGACCAAACACAUACUAAACACUACAACCACUUUCCUUACUACCGAAGGCCAAACAGCAGGCCUAAUUAUUGCCUAUUUAAUCUAAGGAUGUUGCCAAUUCGAUUCUGUUGCCAUUGUUCCUAGUUUGCCGAGAAAUGUAAACUACUUGAUAUGAUUCAUAAUUUUUAAAAAAAUUUACAAAGCUCCUUCAUUUUUGUCACCAAAAUAAUACAUUUCAGAGAGAUUUGUAAAAACCAGGCUGGGGCUGAGCUCCUGGCAGGCGUUUCCUGGAGCAUUCCUCGGUGUGGGCCAGGCUGGAGCUCUGGCUCCACUUCCCUCGUGGAUGUUGUCCCCUCGCCCGCAGCUGCUCCGCAGCACACUGGGGUGGGGGAGCCUCUGGGAGGGGCCCACAGGCCCUGACUGGGCUCUGUGGCCCUCAGCUUAUAAAUCCUGCUGGG